ACAACCCCAGUCAGAGCCGAAAUCUCACGAAUUCCCAAAUCCUUUUUUCAUUUCUUUUUUUUCUUUUUUCUUUUUUCUUUUUUUUUUCAAAUAAGUAGGUGCAUAUUUUUAGAUAUUCAGAACCUUCAAACACCAACCCCUCCAUUAAAUUCCUAGUACAAAGCCACAGAAAAGAAAAGAAAAAAAGAAAAAAUAAAAAUAGAAGAUGUUAGAUCACGCAGAAUAUUCAUAUCCUCCAACAGCAACAGCAGAGACAGCAGCAGAGACUUUUUCGUGCAUGAACCAGCUCACAGCUUCCACUAGAAAGAAGAAGAGCAACAAGAACAAGAGAAGGUUCAGCGAUGAGCAAAUCCGAUCAUUGGAAACCAUGUUCGAGUCCGAGACAAGGCUUGAGCCCAGGAAGAAGUUGCAGCUUGCAAGGGAGCUGGGUUUGCAGCCGAGACAGGUUGCAAUUUGGUUUCAGAACAAGAGAGCUCGAUGGAAGUCCAAGCAGCUCGAGAGAGACUACAGCAUAUUACGAGCCAAUUACAACAGUUUGGCUUCCCGUUUUGAAUCCCUCAAGAAAGAGAAGCAGAAUCUGCUUAAUCAGCUGCAGAAGCUGAAUGAUCUGGUUCAGCGACCACGAGAGGAAGGAGCAGCACUAAACAGCAUUGAUGGAGAGUCGGACAACGAAGAAGAACAGACCAAGUCAGGAUCUCAAGUGAAACCCAGUUUGUCAAUGGAGAAAUCAGAACAUGGCGUAGGUGUUCUGUCAGACGAAGAUAGCAGCAUAAAAGCAGAGUACUUUAGUCUGGAGGAGGAAACAAAGCUUGUGAAUAUGGUCGAACCUGGAGAUGAUUCCUUAACAACUUCACAUGAAGACUGGGGGAGUUUGAACUCCGACUGUCUCUUUGAUGAAUCUAGUAGCGGUUAUCAGUGGUGGGACUUCUGGUCUUGAAUUACAGAGAAUAAAAGCACAAAAAGCUUUCCAGCUGAAUAUGUUUCGCAAAUAAAGCUUUUCCAGUUCCCUUGCAGACUGAGUUCAAAGUGCGUGGGUGGGGGAAGUAUUAGAGGGGCCGAGGGAGUGGCGGAACUUUUAAUGAAAGAUGGAAUUAGCUUCUAUGGAUUUGUAAUAAGGAAAUUCCAUUUACCAGGAACUAGCUUUAUUUGGCCUGCUAAUGUAGAUCACAGAACACCAAAUUGCUGAUUUAAUCCAAGAAAGUGUAGAACAGUUUAGAUGUGAGGGGUUAUAGUAGAGAUCAAACAUAAGAAGCAGCUAUGUGAGAGUAGGACUGGGACGUAUUUGUUGAAGAGCUCUUUCUUAGGAACAAAAAAUUAGGAGGAGAAGUUUGUGUAGACUUGCGUCUGAGGAUGUGAAGGAUCGUAGAAAGAGAUUACAUAGGCUUUCUAUUUAUUCGAUUAUCUGCAACUUUUGGGAGGAGCUGCUGCAUAUCUUGUUUCACAACUGCCAUAAACCCUUUGAUUUAGAAUAUCAAACUUUUAUCUUCGUUUUUA